GCGUCUACUUUGUCAAAAUAAUAUCCUCACAGUCUGCGAAAGUGCGAUCAAAACAGGUGAUAUUGAAAUCUGCAAAUAGAUAAAUUAGGAUUAAACUAAAACAGGAAAUACACAUUUUGAAAGUGUUUUUAUUUAUGGCAUUAUAAUUAAACAUGGCGAAUACCAACACUAGCGCGGUAUUUUUUUUGGGCACCAGGGCUCACUAUCAGGUAUUAGACCCAGAGACCUACGACAGUGGCAACACUUCCACAGAGACAUUGUGUCAAAAUGAUGAACUGUGGAAGGACCAGGAGAACGAGAGUCCCAAUUGUAAUCAACCUGGCUGGCGCUACGAGUCUGAUAUAAAUGUGAACGACACUGGCGUGAAGAAAAGAUUGAACAGACACGUGAAUGAAACAAUUGCUGACAUUCAACCGGCUCUUUUGAAUGGGUCACAAGAGAGUGAUCUAGAGAAAGACAAACCACGUCGCAAGUUCCUCUCUUUUCUCUCAUCUCUCACACGGCGUAAGAGACGGAGUAACGUUCAGUACCUGCAGCACCUGGAGAACGUUCUGACCACGUGCACCUAUAGGGAGAGUUGCAGGUGCCUGGAUUGUCAGAGCCGCUACUUCGAAUAUGACAGCGAACCCGAAGAUGUAUCUGAAGACGAAUAUGCGUAUUCAUACUCGGUUCAAGAUCAAUCUCAGGUCAUGGCUGAUGAUGCCUCCGAGGAGGUUUUUCUUUCCUACAACGGGGAUAACACGUCCACAGACUUACUCAUAGACGAUCCAGAGACAAUGACGACGGUGUCAAGUUCGAGUGAAGAGCCUGAGGAGAAGCAAACCCAACUGGAAGUGGCUGCAAGCACUUCCGCAGUUCUAAAUGUUUUAUUAUUUCAUCCAGCUUGUAUUGUGCAAUAAAAUUGAUUUUGUGUUUAUUUAUUUAUCGCAAGUCGGGGACUUAGGGCCAAGUUAAACGGCGGUGGCGGCCACCCGGAAGACAAUUUUGCCUCUUAUAUAUUUUAAUGUAAGACUAUACAUUAAUUACAUAGAUUCUAGAGCAAGCAAGAACAGAUAUAAUUUUGCAGUAUACAGGUGAAGUUUUAAAUUAAAAAAAAAAACUUUUGCAUUGUCAGUCAUUCUCGCUUGUUAUAAAAUAGACUAAGUUUAUAUGUCGCGUUAGAAGACAUUAUGCCCGGGCUCAUGUACGCGAGCAGUCUGGCAUCAACAUCGCUUAUGAAUGGACGUGGAGGAGGCAAUUUGCUCUUAUGAAUAUUGAUUUUAUACCGUAGGCUGAGAGUGAGAGGGAGAAUCCCGCAUGGGGCACUUGGAGUGUUGCCAUAAGUCGCUACAAAAUAAAAGAAGGGAUUCACAAAUCGUCAUAACAAAUACGAAGUUCUAUGCUAAUUUAAUCGCUCUGAUUAUGAAAUGGUUCUUAAUUUUUUAUUAUUGUGAAAUUUUGCCACCGAGCUACG